AUGGCACAAAAGCGUACUUUGUCGGCUCUGCCAGCAACUCUCAGCACUUGGAGCUCUUUGCCGGAUCAAGAUUUGAAGCAACCUGUGUACAGAAAGACUUUGCAAGCAUUGGCCUACCCUAUCUCCAGCAAUACGCCGCACAAUUUCCAGCUGUUCAACGCCACUAGUCCUACAUACUGCUAUGAAUGCGAAGGGCUACUUUGGGGUGUAGCGAGACAAGGUCUGCGUUGCACGGAAUGCGGCGUAAAAUGCCACGACAAAUGCAAGCGGCUGUUGAAUGCCGAUUGCCUACAGAGAGCUGCUGAGAAAUCCUUGCGACAUGGUGCCGUUGACAAGGCCGAGGCUGCAAUGGGCGCCAUUAAAGCGCUAAUUCACCGACGGCUUGCAGAAAGACCGGAUCUUUUUGGGUUCGUCGCCGCUGCGUUUCAAAUCGAUGUCCGAUCGAAACAACAUCUGACUGUAUUGGAGUCGGUGGAAAAAAGUAUACUGGGCGGUGCAAGUCAGCGUUUGACCAAGCUUUCUAUCACAGUGAAAUCAGCGCAAGGUCUCAUCGGUAAGGACAAAACUGGUCGCAGUGAUCCGUAUGUGACAGUCCAAGUUGGCAAGGUUCGGAGGAGGACUAAAACGGUGCUCCAAGAACUUAAUCCAGUGUGGGAUGAAAAAUUUUCCUUCGAAUGUCACAAUGCUUCGGAAAGGAUCAAAGUUAGAGUGUGGGAUGAAGACAAUGAUCUCAAAUCGAAAAUUCGGCAGAAGUUCACCCGAGAGUCGGAUGAUUUCCUGGGGCAAACUAUCAUCGACAUAAGAACUCUGAGUGGCGAGAUGGAUGUUUGGUACAAUCUUGAAAAAAGAACCGACAAAUCGGCUGUCUCCGGGGCAAUCCGGUUGCAAAUCUCCGUGGAAAUCAAAGGGGAGGAACAAGUGGCCUCCUAUCACGUACAGUACAGCGUAUUGCAUGAAAAUAUUUUCUGCUACCUUUGCGGCCAACAUCCUCCAGUUUAUCUCCCGGAACGGGCAACAAUACAAUCGAACACGAAUAACAAAGAUGCUUGGCGCGUUUACUUCAAUGAUGUCGGUCAAGAGGUGGUGGACGAAUUUGCUUUGCGCUACGGCAUCGAGCCGAUAUUCCAAGCCAUGACGUAA